UGCUUCCACCUUCACUUUUGUCAAUUCUCUGCGCUUUCAUUGAAUUGACCGGCGGCGGACUGCAAGUGCAGCCAUCGAUCCUCACACUCCUGACUGUUUCCCGAGGAGCCAACUUUGGCUGGAUAUAAAUGAAGAAAAGGGGUCAGGUUUGGCUUGUAGCGACAGUUUGAAGGACAUUUCGGCGAGGAAAAGCCGCGACCGCAGUCGCAGGACAGAGAGAAAGAGAUCUACUGAUGUGUCCCAUUCUCCACUCCUGAUCCAGCACACAGCAAUGAUCACACUCCGGGACGCCCGUCCCUCCAUUUCAUAAGCUCUCCUGCCGACUUUGUGCGUUAGGAUCAAGCGAUAGAGAGGGCGCGAUUGUGGGAUUAAGCUCCGGGUUUUUAAACAAAGAGGAGGAUACAAUGCCGGACCAGAUCACAGUGGCCGAGUUUGUGGCCGAGACCAAUGAAGAUUACAAAUCACCCACAGCCUCCAACUUCACCACGAGAAUGGUGCACUGUAGGAACACAGUGACUGCUCUGGAGGAGGCUUUGGAUGUGGAUCGCAGUGUGCUAUACAAAAUGAAGAAGUCAGUGAAGGCCAUUUACACCUCAGGACUAGCUCAUGUUGAGAAUGAGGAGCAGUAUACCCAAGCUCUGGAGAAGUUCGGCGAGAACUGUGUGUACCGUGAUGACCCUGACCUUGGCUCAGCCUUCCUCAAGUUCUCUGUAUUUACCAAGGAGCUCACCGCCCUCUUCAAGAAUCUGUUUCAGAACAUGAAUAACAUCAUCACGUUUCCACUGGACAGUCUUCUGAAGGGUGAUCUGAAAGGGGUGAAGGGGGAUCUGAAAAAGCCAUUUGAUAAAGCUUGGAAGGACUAUGAGACCAAAGUCACCAAGAUUGAGAAGGAGAAAAAAGAGCACGCCCGACAGCACGGAAUGAUCCGGACAGAGAUCAGCGGGGCUGAGAUAGCAGAGGAGAUGGAGAAGGAGAGACGUUUCUUUCAGCUUCAGAUGUGCGAGUACCUCCUCAAAGUGAAUGAGAUUAAGAUCAAGAAGGGAGUGGAUCUACUGCAGAACCUCAUCAAGUAUUUCCAUGCACAAUGCAAUUUCUUUCAGGACGGUCUAAAGGCAGUGGACAACCUGAAACCCUCUAUUGAGAAACUGGCCACUGACCUGCAUACGAUCAAGCAGGCUCAGGAUGAGGAACGCCGGCAGCUCACACAGUUACGAGACGUGCUGAAGACAGCGCUUCAGGUGGAGCAGAAAGAGGAUUCCCAGGUGCGGCAGAGCACCACUUACAGUCUGCACCAGCCGCAGGGGAACAAGGAGCACGGCACAGAGCGCAGUGGAAACCUGUACAAGAAAAGUGAUGGUCUACGGAAAGUGUGGCAGAAGAGGAAGUGCACAGUGAAGAACGGCUACCUGACCAUCUCCCACGGGACACCAAACAGACCACCAGCCAAGCUCAAUCUCCUGACUUGCCAGGUCAAGCACAACCCAGACGAGAAGAAAAGCUUUGACCUCAUCUCACAUGACCGAACGUAUCACUUUCAGGCAGAGGAUGAGGCCGAGUGCCAAAUCUGGAUCUCGGUGCUGCAGAACAGUAAGGAGGAAGCGCUUAACAACGCCUUUAAGGGAGACCAGCACGUGGGCGAGAACAACAUCGUUCAGGAGCUGACCAAAGCCAUCCUGGCCGAGGUCAAACGCAUGACGGGCAACGACGUCUGCUGUGACUGCGGUGCUCCUGGGCCCACAUGGCUGUCCACCAACCUGGGAAUUCUGACCUGCAUAGAAUGCUCUGGGAUCCACCGAGAGUUGGGAGUGCACUACUCCAGAAUUCAGUCACUCACACUGGAUGUCCUCAGCACAUCAGAACUCUUGCUGGCCAAGAACGUGGGGAAUGCUGGCUUUAAUGAGAUCAUGGAGGCGUGUCUGAGUGCGGAAGAUAUGGUCAAACCAAAUCCUACCAGUGACAUGCAGGCCAGGAAAGACUUCAUCAUAGCCAAAUACACAGAGAAACGCUUUGCUCGUAAGAAAAGCCCAGACACUGCGUCCAGACUGCACACCUUGUGUGAGGCGGUGAAGGCCCGCGACAUCUUCUCCCUCAUCCAGGUCUACGCUGAGGGAGUAGACCUAAUGGAGCCCAUUCCUCUGGCUAACGGCCAUGAACAAGGGGAGACAGCCCUGCAUCUGGCAGUGAGGCUGGUAGACAGAACCUCGCUACAUAUCGUAGACUUCCUCACUCAAAACAGUGUGAAUCUGGAUAAGCAGACGGCAAAGGGAAGCACGGCACUGCAUUACUGCUGUCUUACGGACAACAGCGAAUGUCUCAAACUGCUCCUAAGAGGCAAAGCUUCCAUAGAUAUUGCUAACGAGGCGGGUGAAACCCCGCUGGACAUUGCGAGGCGACUCAAACAUCUGCAGUGUGAGGAGCUGCUGAACCAGGCGCUUGCUGGCAAGUUUAAUGCACAUGUGCAUGUUGAAUAUGAGUGGCGGCUACAGCACGAAGACCUAGACGAGAGUGAUGAAGAUUUGGAUGAGAAGUCCAGUCCCCUGCGGCGAGAGGAGAGGCCGGUCAGUUGCUACACGCCUGGCAGCUCAGUGAUGCAGCCCAGUGCGGCCAGUCUGUCCAAGGACAAACAACAGCGCUCCUACGUCCCAAACCUGGUCAACAACGAGACGUAUGGGACCAUCGUCAACACCAGCCCCACCAGUGGGGUCCUGUCCACCUCAGCUCCUCCGCUGCCUCCCAGAAAUAUCGGGCAGUUGACUGGUCACAGUGGAGUUCUCCAAGGUUCUCCAGCUUGGAAGCCUGGCUCUAUAGAUCUCUCAGGCAGGCAGAGAUCCUCCUCAGAUCCCCCCAACAUGCAUCCACCUGUUCCACCCAUGCGAGUCACUUCAUCCUCCUUCGUAGCGCCGGCCGCUCCCCCUCCUCCUGUAUCUAAACCAGCCAGUGUGAUGGAGGCCAUGACCAUGCAGAGCAAAACCGGACAGGUGCCUCAGGGCCAGAGCAUUAACAGGGGUACCGCUGCAAGCUCGGACAAGAGCUACAGCAAGGGGCCACCGGCACACUCGGACACCACAGAGAGACCAGGUAGAUGUCAAAGAAACGGCUUAAUCUCAAAGGAAGUUCCUGGAUGCCCUCAGAGCACAAGUGGUCAGUCUCUGGCUCCUGCCCACAUACCCAGGAAAACAUACCCGAAGCAAAGGCCGAAAAGGGUGAAGGCCAUCUAUAACUGCGUGGCUGAUAACCCUGAUGAGCUGACGUUCACUGAGGGCGAAGUGAUCAUUGUAGAUGGGGAAGAGGACCAGGAGUGGUGGCUGGGCCAUAUAGAAGGAGAACCAAUGAGGAGAGGUGCCUUCCCCGUCACAUUCGUACAUUUCAUGGCAGACUGACAGUCAAAGGUUUCCGGAGCCGAUCCAGGCUGAUCUGUUCAUCCCCUAGCAUGUUUCUGACUCCACAUCCUUGGGCUUUACUAAUAAUUAUCGUCAUCCGCUUCACCUUCAUCAAGAAGCUUGUGCCUGUACUGACUUUUUCCAGACAAUUAGCUUGCACCAGCGAGCACUGCUCGACUCAUGCAAUGGAGGUUUCUUAUUCCUGAACGUCUUAACACCUAGUCGCUCCUGUAUGUUUGAAGACUGUAAAUUGUUCAAGCGUUUCGGCUCACUUUGUUUGUUGACCAGAAAAAAACAGAAUUGUAGUCCGUUGCGUUGACAUAGUAAAUGCACUUUUAUGUAGUUCAAAAAAAGAAAAGCUUUACGGAUCUCGACAGUGAACUAUUCGCAUCCUUUGAUGAUUUGGAAGGACUGGUUUCUUCACGAGAUAGCAUGUUUAUCUGAGCAUAUGAGUAAAAAUGCAUCACAUUCCAUCUCUUGCCUGCUUAAAGGAGAUGGACAGAAGGAGAAAUGGAGGUGGUUAUCUUUUUAAGCACUGCAUUGGAGCAGAAAGGGAAGUUUGCUGUUGCCUCCCCUUGGGAUCUUUCACUGUCCCCAUUUCCACACUCGCUGCCCCACAUCAAAACUUAUAAAUAGAACCUCUACUGCUCAAACCUGGGAGCGCUCCUGCCCUGCACUACACUACAUAUCUGUGAGAAAGAGCAUUUUGGAAUGAAAGAGGCAACCAGAAUAAUAUAAUGUGUAUGUGAUAUUAGAUACUAUGAUAUUGGACUGAAAGAAAGAAGCAAAUACUGAUGCUUAAUGAGAGGGGAGCUGAAGAUUGUGACAACCAGCACAGAUCACGGAACGAUCCAAAGAUCUGGGUAUAAAAUGAAGUGAGUGUUCUGAGGGCCUGAGCAGUUUGCUUAUACCCCUGACCUGCUGUCAUCCUUUUCUGCAGCUUUUUCAUGUUUUCAAUUUACUGCAUUGUUUAAAUUCAUUCCUCUAAUAAUAGUCUCAUAAUGAGUUUAUACUAGCUUUAUGUUAAUAUGGCCUAUGCUCAUAUUUAUGUCCUGUAGGUCUCAUUGAGAUUUUAAUACUUUUUAGAGUUGGGUAAUUAAUGUCUGCCCAGGUUUUAGGAUAUGUAGGACCAACCCUCUUAACCCUCUUGUACCCUUUAACAGGGAAAACCAAAACCAUUCCUCAGUAACUGUGCAGCUCCUGACACCCCACACACCUUGUUCCGAAGUGGAGAUUGCACAUGUAAUAUUGUACAGCAAUAUGUUUUAUGUGAUGAAGUUUUCAUUUGGUUGCAGAGCAACUCUAUAGAAUGUUAUAUGACAUUUAAUUAAAAUCUACAUAGUCCCUGUUGAGCUUGAAACACAGUGACCUGUAACUUUAGCAAUGAGAAGAGACUUGUAAUUAACUUCCAGAAUCUUCCUCUGCCUUUUAACUCACUGGAAAUGAAUAGGACCUGUCUUAUGUGGUGCUGUAAAUAACUGAAGAGUUUAUAUGUGUAUAUUUAAUUGUAAACAUAAACAUAAACGUAGCAAUGAUGUCGUGUAUCAAUUCUAGGCUGGGUGUGUAGACAUCCAGACAUUCUGACAAAGGCAAAGAGAAACAUUUCACUCUCAUUUAAUGUCAUUCUCUUGACUCUAAUAUUGUAUAAAUAAAUGGGAAAACUGGAAGUUAAAUCAAA